AUGACUUCUGCGAUGCCGUGCGGUAACACGCCUGCCACGACAACAACGGCGGCGUCAGAAGCCCUCGUGGUGGGGGUAAUGCCCCAGCAGCGCUAUGUACGAGAAAAGGGCGAUGAUUGGACUGGCGUCACCAGCACCUCCGAAAGAAGAAAAUUGCAAAAUCGACUAAAUCAAAGGGCCUAUCGCCAGAGGAGGAACGUAGUCGUCCGAAAGAAAAGAACGAUAGCUGCUUUCCUGGAACUGGGGAUAGCUGUCAGCUCUCAACCUAAUAAAGCGGACGCAGUGCCGAUUAAUGGCCAGAAACCAGGAGCUGCAUCUAUAGUGGACACGGGCGAAGGGCCCAACAUGCUGAUAUUGCCGCAGCACCGGGAGGAGGUGCUUAGGUUAGCCAGAGAGGCUUACGAGCAUUAUACCCUCGGUACGCCUCGGCCCGCCCAGCUUAACUACUUGAUCAAGCUCAACGUUCUUAACGCCCUGGCCCGCAAUGCCACACUCAUCGGCAUACCUACCCACCGUCUCUGUGCAGAUGAGGCCGUUUCGCCAUUCAGCCAAUCAGGACCGUUGCCGUUACCGGAUCAGGCAUCCUGGCCGGAGUCUCUACGACCGUCUAGUACACAAAUUUCCGUACAACACCACCCUUGGGUCGACUUGAUUCCAUUUCCUGUCAUGCGAGAUCGAGCGAUCCGGGCUUUUGAUUCGGGCUUAUUAGAUGAGGACGAACUGUGUUUGGAUCUCAUGGAAGCUGGGGGUGACCGCUCCGAUGCGCCAUUUCUGAUUGUGUGGGGAGACUCAUCCGACCCCUGUGGGUGGGAGGCGAGUUUGUCAUUUCUUGAGAAAUACGGUUGGCUCGUCUGGGGAUGCACGGAGCUCUUUGAGUCAACUAACAAAUGGAGAGCCAGACGAGGCGACAAACAGCUCGGCUUAUGA